UUUUUAUUUACAAGACGUCACAUGGGUAAUUUUUCAGCAUUGACAAUUGCCCAAGCUUUUGUUCCAAUUUUUCCCCUCCUUCCCCCCACCCCCUCCCCCAGAUGGCAGGAUGACCAGUAGAUGUUAAAUAUAUUAAAGUAUAAAUUAGAUACACAAUAAGUAUACAUGACCAAACCGUUAUUUUGCUGCACAAAAAGAAUCGGACUCUGAGAUAUUGUACAAUUAGCCUGUGAAGGAAAUAAAAAUGCAGGCAGGUGAAAAUAUAGGGAAUGGGAAUUCUAUGUAAUGAUUCUUAGUCAUCUCCCAGAGUUCUUUUGCUGGGCGUAGCUGGUUCAGUGAUGACCACUUUCUAGGCCCGGCCCAGCUCCCGGGCACCGGAGCAGCACCUGAGUGGGUCCAGAAUGAGGGAGCCCUGGCUGGGUGACAGGGGCCAGGGGAGACCAAUAAGGGCCCAUUUCUAGUCCCUUCUGCUCCCCCCUCCCCUCCCCCUCCCCGGGACCUGGCCGGCUCUGAGACGGGAACAGGAUCUGAUGCUCUCUGAGCUUGGUGCAGCCGGGCCAGGAAGGGGCUCGGGAAAGACCCCCAGGCCCUGGAGGCCGAAGGAGCCUCUUGGUGUGAGGAAUCGAGCUUGGAGACUUCCUAGGCCCUUGGGGCUCCGGGUCCCUGGCCAAUGGGUGUGAUCCCCGCUUUCCGUCUUCUCCAGAGGGAGCCGGCUUGCUGCUGUUGGAGGCCCCUGAGCAAAGGGCCUUUGGCCACUGGGAGGGUGCAGGAAAGGCGGGGAGGAGCUCCCCUCGGCCUCCCCCCGUGGUUCCACUUUUCUUGGGAUGUUUUGUUUCCUAGGUUCCGAGGUCACUCGCAGGUAGAGGAGGUGGGAGACCAUGUGACUGGAGGAGAAUCUGCUGUGCCGCUGUGUGGGGUGCACAGCCCCGGGGCCCUCCCCCGCUCCUGAAUGCCGGCCCGCUGGGCCCCCUUCCCCAGGCGCUGGGGAGCGGUUCAGGGGGGCCGAGGCCUCAGGGCAGGUCGGAGCCCCCCCGGCCCGUGACAGCCCCUGCGCUGGGGCUGCCGCUAUGGACCCUGAGCCGGCCCGACCCGCGGUCACUCUGAGCCGGCCCCCCCGCCCCUCCCGGCGCCAUGGCCCUGGCCAUCUCCUGGGACGUGGUCUACAUCGUGGUGGAGGUCGCCAUUGCCGUGCUGGCGGUCCUGGGCAACGUGCUGGUGUGCUGGGCCGUCUCCAUGAACACCAACCUGCAGAACGUCACCAACUACUUCGUGGUGUCCCUGGCGGCGGCCGACAUCGCCGUGGGGGUGCUCGCCAUCCCCUUCGCCAUCACCAUCAGCACCGGCUUCUGCGCCGCCUUCCACGGCUGCCUCUUCAUCGCCUGCUUCGUCCUGGUGCUCACCCAGAGCUCCAUCUUUAGCCUCCUGGCCAUCGCCAUCGACCGCUACAUCGCCAUCCGCAUCCCGCUCAGGUACAACGGCUUGGUGACGGGCACGCGGGCCAAGGGCGUGAUCGCCGUGUGCUGGGUGCUGUCGUUCGUGAUCGGGCUGACGCCCAUGCUGGGCUGGAGCCGCUGCGGGGAGGCGGCGGGCGCGCGCAACGGCUCGGAGGCGCGCGCGUGCGGCGCGGGCCAGGUGCCCUGCCUGUUCGAGGCGGUGGUCCCCAUGGACUACAUGGUCUACUACAACUUCCUGGCGUGCGUGCUGCUGCCGCUGCUGCUCAUGCUGGCCAUCUACCUGCGCAUCUUCAUGGCGGCGCGGCGGCAGCUGAAGCAGAUGGAGGGCAAGGCGGCGGCGGGCGAGCGCUCGCGCUCCACGCUGCAGAAGGAGGUGCACGCGGCCAAGUCUCUGGCCAUCAUCGUGGGGCUGUUCGCCGUGUGCUGGCUGCCGCUGCACAUCAUCAACUGCUUCACGCUCUUCUGCGCCGAGUGCCCGCACGCGCCGGCCUGGCUCAUGUACCUGGCCAUCGUGCUGUCGCACACCAACUCCGUGGUCAACCCCCUCAUCUACGCCUACCGCAUCCGCGAGUUCCGCCACACCUUCCGCAAGAUCCUGCGCAGCCGCGGGGCCGCCGCCUCCCCGCCCGCCGCCCGGGACUGCGGCCGCGGCCAGGAGCGCGUUAGCCUGCGGCUCGACGGCCACGGCGGGGGUCCGGGGGGCGCGGAGCUCCCGGAGGCCCCGCCCCCUCCCGCCGCCUCCUGACGCCGGCCGCGCUCUGCCGAACGGGAGCCCGGAGGGCGGUGCCGCGGACGUGGGGGGCGCGGGAGCCCGGCGCGGGGCGGCCUCCCGAGUCUGACUGUCUGCGGCCCGCCCCAGGGACUCGGAGCUGGACCGGAGAGCAGGGGGGGCUGGGAGGCCUUGGGGGGAGGGGGCGGAGGGGAGAACCCGCGGAGGGGAGAACCCCGCGGAGGGGGCCGGCAGGGCGGAUGCGGGGCGGGAGUGGGCACGGGCGGGCAGGGGGAGUGCAUGGGGAGGCCAGGCUGGCCCUGGGUCUGCGCAGUGGGGGACCGACGGCUGCUCUUAAUAGCCGCGGCUAAUGUUUAUUCUAGAGACGGAAUUAAAUGGGACUGUGUGA